CCUGUGACGUUUCGAAUGACACGUGUAUUCAAGAUGGCGGCGGCGAUGGAGACGUGGGUGCUUCUGCUGCUGACCUUGCUACCCACAGCCAGGUCCUUCUAUGUGCCUGGAGUUGCUCCUAUGAACUUUCACCAGAACAGUCCUGUAGAUAUCAAGGCUGUGAAGCUGACCAGCUCCCGCACUCAGCUGCCCUAUGAGUAUUACUCCCUCCCUUUCUGCCGGCCAGAGAAGGUGGUCUACAAAGGAGAAAAUCUCGGGGAGGUCCUGCGUGGAGACCGCAUCGUGAACACGCCGUACUCGGUGCUCAUGAACCAGGACCGCAAGUGUGAGCUGGUGUGUGGCAAGCCAGACAAGCCGGCGAAGCUGACUGUGGAGGAGAGCAAACUGGUGGCCGAGCGGAUUCAGGAGGAGUACUACGUCCACCUGAUUGCGGAUAACCUGCCAGUAGCCACCCGCCUGGAGUACUACCCUAACCGAGAGGCAGGGGGAGAGGAGGAGAAGAAAGACCUGGUGAAGGAUGUUCAGUUUGAGCAUGGUUACAGACUGGGAUUCUCAGAGAAUAACAAGUUCUACUUGCACAACCACCUCUCCUUCAUCCUGUACUACCACAGAGAGAAGGUGGAGGGAGAGGAGGAGGACAACUUCAGAGUGGUGCGCUUUGAAGUGGUACCUCAGAGUGUGAGAACAGAUGACCUGAAGGCGGAUGACAAGGGGACAUGUGUCCUUCCUGAGGUCAGUGGCUCGGUCCCUCAGGAGAUUGACCCAGCCAAGGAGAACAGCCUCCUGUUUACCUACUCCGUGCAGUGGAAGGAGAGCGAGGUGAAAUGGGCUUCCCGCUGGGACACCUACCUCACCAUGAGCGACGUGCAGAUCCACUGGUUCUCCAUCGUCAACUCUGUGGUGGUGGUCUUCUUCUUGUCAGGUAUCCUGAGCAUGAUCAUCAUCAGGACCCUGAGGAAGGACAUUGCAAACUACAACAGAGAGGAUGACAUUGAGGAUACCAUGGAGGAGUCAGGCUGGAAGAACGUCCAUGGCGAUGUGUUCCGCCCACCUCAGUAUCCCAUGAUCCUCAGCUCUCUGCUGGGGUCUGGCAUCCAGCUUUUCUGCAUGAUCCUUAUUGUGAUCUUUGUGGCUAUGCUGGGGAUGCUGUCUCCCUCCAGCCGAGGCGCUUUGAUGACCACAGCCUGUUUCCUCUUUAUGUUCAUGGGGUUGUUUGGUGGAUACUUUGCCGGCAGACUUUACCGCACAUUGAAGGGCCACCGAUGGAGGAAGGGAGCAUUCUGUACGGCCACUCUCUACCCCGGUGUGGUGUUCAGCAUCUGCUUUGUGCUAAAUUGCUUUAUCUGGGGAGAGCACUCUUCAGGAGCGGUGCCCUUCACGACCAUGCUGGCUCUGCUGUGCAUGUGGUUCGGCAUCUCCAUGCCGCUCGUCUACCUGGGCUACUACUUCGGAUUCCGCAAACAGCCCUAUGAUAACCCUGUGCGCACCAAUCAGAUCCCGCGACAGGUGCCCGAGCAGCGCUGGUACAUGAACAAGUUUGUAGGGAUCCUGAUGGCUGGAAUCCUACCCUUUGGGGCCAUGUUCAUCGAGCUGUUCUUCAUCUUCAGUGCCAUUUGGGAGAACCAGUUUUAUUACCUGUUUGGGUUCCUCUUCCUGGUCUUCAUCAUCCUGGUGGUGUCCUGCUCACAGAUCAGUAUAGUCAUGGUCUACUUUCAACUGUGUGCUGAGGAUUAUCGGUGGUGGUGGAGGACCUUCCUGGUGUCAGGAGGAUCUGCCUUCUAUGUGUUGGUCUACGCCGUCUUUUACUUUGUGAAUAAGCUGGACAUAGUGGAGUUCAUUCCCUCCCUGCUGUAUUUCGGCUACACCGCCCUGAUGGUGUUGUCCUUCUGGCUGCUAACAGGCACAAUCGGCUUCUACGCCGCAUACAUGUUCAUCCGCAAGAUCUACGCCGCUGUCAAGAUUGACUGAGCUGCUGCUUCUUUUACACUCACCCUUGGUUUGGUUACAACAUUUGUGUUGUUUUUGUUCUUGUUUUGGUCCAUUUUUGUUUUAAAACGACGAUUACUUUUUGUUUGUUUUAUUGUUAAACGAGCACUGAUGUGUACGCAGACAGAGCACGAGGUGAAUUCUUGAGAAACGUCUCCUCCGGUAGUUCAGAGCAGAGAACAGACGGGUGGAUUGUGCACAAGCUUCAGAAAUCCUGACUCUCUCUGUCUCCCCGUGUCUGUCUGUCUGUCUUUCUCACUGGCCUGCUCCCAGUCUCCUCCCCUUUGGCAAAGAUGAAACGUUUUUUUUUGGCUGGACUGUUUUUUUUUUGUUUGUUUUUUCUCCUCAACUUUUUGUGUUUGUAUUUGAUUUAUUUGAAUCUUGUCUCUACAUUGACACAAAUCAUGGGCCAAAGUGUUUAAAUCGACUCAGACUGUCUUGAAAGGUUUUUUUUUAUUAUUAUUGGUUGGCUCAGAAGAGGCAUGGACUCGAGGGUAUGGGGGAUUUCUUGGGGGUUGGGCAUAUUGUAUAAUUUUACAAAUGCAUUAUUUGUUUGUUUUUUAAAAUAUAUCUAUUUAAUUUGUA